UACCCAGAGCAGCCUAAGACUGGAGAUGGGGAAUGAAGAUGAAACAAUCAGAUGACUCAGAUGCAGGAGGAUGAUUUAUGUCUGAGGCCAUGUGGUGAAAUGAUGACCCUGCAACAUGAAAAGCCUGCUGUCUGUUGUUUUCUUGACAGGUAUGGAAAACAUGAAUAAAAAAGACCAACCGUUCAUGACAAUUCAGAAAAGUGAUAACUCAGAUAAUCUGGUAUGCCAUAUGAGAAAUGGAAUGAGAAGCAUCAAGUAUAAACCAGUAGACUAUCAACAAUUACAUGCAUUAACUGAAGCAAGAAAAUUAGCUUCUGCCUCUAUAGAACUAAAGAUCAGAAAAGCAGUACAGACUUCAAAGAUAUCUAAGGAACAAAUGCUAAUAAAACAGCACAAGCAAGUGUGGUGGCAGGAACAUCAAAGGCUAAAUGAAGUCAGAUGUAAAAUGGAAUCUGAGAUAAAAUCUUUUCUCAAUGAAGAGAACAUUGGAAAUGAAUGUCUUUCGGACCUUACAAAUUUUGAACAAGAGUUAUCAGAACAAUGGUGCACCUAUCUUAAAAAUGUGAUAAAUCCAAUUCAGCAAUUGAGAGCAGAUCUAAAAUACAGACAGCAUCACAUUAUACAGCAUUCACAUUCACAUACUGGGUUUAACUCAGCAAAAGUACUGGAAGAGGUUGACUUCGUGAAAAAACAAUUGAAAGCUGUCUUUGAAAGACUUAGCCUGGAGCAACAGAAAUUAGAAGAUACUGUUUCAGACUGGAGUAUGAAAAUACUGGAUCAUUCUUCAGACGAAAGGAAUAACCUGCUUACUAAACUGCCCAUGGAAUUAGAAACUUUGGAAUGCCCGUACUCUGAUUUGAAAUCUUCAAUUUUUAAUGAGUUCUGUAACUUAACAGAGAAAUACCAAAAGAAACUUCAAGAUUUUGAUCUGCAGUUAGAAGACAUAAACAGAAACUUCCAAUUCAGUGAAGAAGACCACUGGGUUUACCAGGCUGUUUUGGAUCAGUAUCCUGGAGAUCUCUGUGGCAGAAGGACUCUGUAUCUGGACAUGUUACAAAGAUAUUUUCCUCACAAAUCUAGGCAUGAUUUGGUCAAACAUGAGAAGUAUUGUGACCAAUAUCGCUUCACUAGGGAGCAGCGAAGGAUCCUGAUAUCACAUUGGAAUAAGAAUAGGAGAGAUUUUAUACAGAAGGCUGUGCUGACACUAGCCGAAGCCUGUGCAGCUCAUGAAAUGGAGAGCACAUUGGCCAAGGACAGGAAAAAGCAUCAGGAAUUGUGUGCUGAUCUGAAAGCCAAGGUUCUUCAAUGGCGAGCCCACCAGGAAGAAGUAGCAAGAUUGGAAAUGGAAAUUUCUGCCAGAAGAAGAGAAAAGGAAGAGGAGAAAGAGAAACUGUGGAAGAAGAAGGAAUUGUUACAAAGAGAAGAGAAGAAAAAAAAAAUAAGAAAGUACUGGGCCCAAAAAGAACAGAAGUGGCAAGAAAAGGAAAUGAGAGACCUUCAGCGUCUAGAAGAUCUGAAGAAAUUAAUGGCUGAACAAUCAGUAAAAGACAGAGAAAGGGUUAAAUAUAGACAAGAAUUACUGGAAAAGCGUUUGAUGGAGAAAAAAGAAGUGGCUCUUCAAGAAGCACAUGAAGAGGAAGAAAGAGAGAGGCGGCUAGAAGCCCUUAAGAAACAGGUUGCUAUCGUUGCUCAAUUUGACCCUGUUAGAGUGAUGUCAGGUACAAUGGCAUCGAAAGCAAGGAUGGGUAUUGGAAUUGAAGAAGAAUUUGUUCUUCAAAAGCCACUCUUCACAUUGAAUACAUACAAUGAACAGCAGAUAAUUUCUGACCCUAGGCUUCGUUUUGAGUUGGCACUUCGAGAAGCUGGACUUCAUAAAGCCUUUUAUGCCAAAGAGAUAUUGCCAAAAAUCAGUCCUCAAAAACCUCCAAGAAAGGACAUGGAGUCUACUGUAUUUAAAAUCUAGAGUUCAUCCUCAAAUCCUAUUAGACAUAAAUAAGAUUUUUCUCUGAAUACAUUUAUAUGUAUAUCAAUAAUUUUUACUUUUUAAAUUUUUUUAAAACAUCAGACAUAGAAAUCAUGGCACCUAUUAAAACAACUUUGCCUUUCUUUUAUGAUUCUUAGAAUUUUAUGUAUUAUUUCCAGUAUCUUUGUUAUAUUUAAUAGUACAAAAUUCUCCAAGACUAUGGAAAUUAAUUAUGACACAUGUGGUACAUAUAUUAUUUAGUAAAUUGUGUUUUAGAAGUUACAUUACCCCAUGAAAAGAGCUCAAAACAACCAUUUGUGAGAAUUAUAAUUUAUGUUGCUGUCACCUGCUAACGUUCAUUUCUGCCUGUUAUUUCAGAAUUUGACUUUUUAAUUAUGAAAGCUUCAUUAUCAUUAAUACUUCUAUUAUUUCUUAAUUAUUAUAAGAGGAGACUCAACCUUUCUCUAAAUUUAGAAACCAAUUUGGUAUACCAUGUUUACUGCAAACCAAUCAUCCGAACAAUUUUGUUUUGCAAAUUAGCCCAUAAGAAUAAAUUAGAAAUUAGAAACAGCA